GUCUCUGGGGCUUGGUGAACAAUGCAGGCAUCGCUUUCCCAUUGGCUCCCAACCAGUGGCUGACCAAGGAUGACUUUGCAAAGGUGCUGAAUGUCAACCUGCUGGGAGUAGUUGAUGUGACCCUCCACUUGCUGCCUCUGAUCAGGAGAGCCAGAGGGAGAGUAGUCAACAUGAGCAGUAUAGCUGGAAGAGUUGCCUAUGGUGGAGGCGGCUACAGCCCUUCAAAAUUUGCAUUGGAAGCCUUCUCUGACAGCCUCCGACGUGAAAUGCAUCCUUUUGGGGUCAAAGUCAGCAUCAUCGAGCCAGGCUCAUUUUUAACAGGACUAGAUAAAUGUGCAGCUGAGUUCUUCAGAACCCUCUGGAGCAACGUACCACCUGAUAUCAAAGAACUGUAUGGCCAGGAAUUCUGGAGCAAAAUUAACCAAACAUUUGUUGGCAGUAGUUGGAAGAAAACAAACCUCCAGAUAGUUACAGACUGCAUGGAACAUGCCCUAAUUUCUGCCUACCCUCAUAGCCGUUACGCUGCAGGCCGAGAUAUCAAAUUCUUCUUCAUCCCCCUCUCUUACUUGCCAACCCUACUGACAGAUUAUAUUCUGACCUAUGGCCAUCCCAGACCAGCCAAAAGUCUGUAUUGAUCACAGUCUCAUAGUUUGUACAAGAAUCAGGCUACACCCACUUCUCAUUUAGCAACUACCUCAGUCCAAUUGAUUUUCCAACCAAUGGGCACAUUUAUGACCAAAUUUCAUCCAUCUGCACUGUCCAUUGCACUGCACUUGUGUGAUAUUUGCAGUGUCUCUGUCACAUGUUCACUUAGCAAUCAUUUCGCUUCACAUACUGAUUGUUGGAACAUAACAUGAUUGCAAAACAAGAGAUGAGUGUAUAGAAAUGAUGAGACACGUGGAUUACACCAAGACAUUGUAACUUUGUAAAAAAAAAAAAAAAAAAAGUUAAUCCGCUGG